CAACAUGAGCGAUGAAGCUUAUAAACAUCUACAACUACCAACACACUCACAUAACAUACGCUGCAAUGCUUCAGUGGCCAUCGAAACGAUUUCUGCUUUGGUCAAUGAGACAACUGGAAGUGAGCAAUGAAUGGCUUUUUUUUUUUUCUUCUGUUUAUCAGGACACAGGGAAAGCGAAGUUCCUCUGGACUUUUUAUUCUCCCCAACAGCAGGGGGGAAUUUGGCCAUCAGCGAUAAAACUCGCCCAGAAUGCCAGGAUCGUCGUUAAACCUGCAAGGUACUGACGAGAUGAAGCUGCUUCUAUUCAGCAUCAUCUGUGGAUUUCUCAGAGUCACGUAUCAGAAUCCGAGGCAGGACUGGACUCUGCUGCCCAACAUUCUGGUUUUGGAGGUGGAUGGCACUUUGGGCGAGCAGAUCCUGAGGUGCGUGGAGUCGCCGCAGGAGCUCGUGGCGAGAGGAAACCAGAGCCAAGACGUUUUUUGGAAGAAGAAUGGAAGAGAGCAAGCUCAGAGAGGAAACACAUAUCGUGUGCAGCUAGAGGAAAGCUUAGGAGGGGGCAACUACACCUGCCACAGCAAGGAUGGAUCACUCCUGAAUCACACCGUUGUUCUGAUCCAAGAGGAUGAGACCAAAAGGAGGAAGAUUCUAGUGAAAACUGAUCAAGAUUAUCUAAAGUGCUCUGCUCAAAAUUACAACGGAGAGUUCCACUGCUCUUGGACCUGGCACAGCAGUCGCAGUGGCAAAGUAGCAUUUAUCAAAGCCCGACGUGUUCCUGAUGACAAUAACACCAAGUGCUCUGUGGAUGCCAGUGGCCAGCUUUGGACGUGCUCCUCGGGUCACAGCAACUUCAGCUGUUCUGUGAACGACAACAGGAUCUCCUGCCUGGACGAGCAGCAGUGCCCUUACGCCGAGGAGAGCCAGCAGAUCCACAUCGAUGUAUACGUGUUGAGUGAGCACUUUCUGGUGGAGAAAUACUCCAAAUACUUUCACUUGUCAGAGAUAGUGAAACCUGAUAAGGUGAAGAUUGCUCGAGUCAACGCCACGGUGAUACAGUGGAGUUACCCGAGCUCUUGGAGCAGUCCCUACUCCUACUUCCCUCUCACUUUCCAGAUUGCACAGCUCAAGGCUGGAUGCACAAGGUGUGACAGUCCUUGCAAUGACUCACAAGCUUUGACAGUCUACUCUACAGACAUUUGUCAGUUCAAAGUAAAGCACAAGGCUCAGGCUGUGUGUGUCAGAGCAAAGGAUGCAUUCUGUAACUCACAAUGGAGCGAGUGGAGCCAUAAAAGGCUGAGGAACCACAGGAAGAACAAAAGGAACAAACAGCUCAACAAACAAGCAUAAGAGAUGAAAGAGAAUCCCAAAUCUGGACAUCUUUUAUGUGCCUU